AUGAGAAAUCGCAAGGGGCUCACUCUGGCUCAUGGUCACUUGCAGAGAUCCAGCAGCUUCCAAGCUCCCAUGGAAAGAGGGGGCCGAGGAACCCCCGCACCAAAUCUAAAUGGUCUCCGCAAGUUCCCAACAGAAGCUCUGAGAUUAGAAGCUAACAAACAAGGGUUAAAGGCACAGGUAGCGUGGGAGGAGGAGAAGCUGUACUAG